CUCUGUGCACACCCCCUCACCUGCCCAGCAGGAAAUGGACCUAGAGUGGCCUCUCUAGAGCUCCAAUACUUAGGGGCGAUGCAGUGGAGGGGAAUUUCCCUGGAAAAUGGGCCAAAUGUGAGACUCAUGGUGGUGCCCAUGGGAAAGGGGUCUAGGCUGGGAGCAGCUGGCAGCGGGGUGCAGGGAGGGGGCUUUCCUUUGGCUGGGAAUGCAAGAGCUCCCCACCUCCACAGACAGCUGCCAGGGAGGAAGGGGGAUGGCAGCUUGGGGCAGAAGACACAGGUGGGGUUGUGGAGGUGGCAGAAAAGGUAGAUAGAAAGAAGGCAGAGCAGGUGGCACCUUGGAGACUAUGGAAGAGGAGCCAACAAAGAGAGGUGGGGAGCUGGGGUCAGCACUGGGUUGGAGACGGGAUGUGCUAGUCCAAGCACUGGCGGCAAGAAGACUAGUGAGAAACAUUCCCCUAUCUAUUCUGGGGUCUUGUGUGGCUCCUAUGACCAUAGCAUCCCUGGCUCUUCCUCUCAUGACAGAGAGGGCACAACAACAGCCUCCCUCUCUUCCUAGCCCAGAGCAGCGAUUGUGGGUUGGUGUUUGGGGCUGGUGCAGCUCUGUGUGGGGAGAGGGAGCAGUGUCGAUAUGAGGCGAUGGCUGAGGCAGGCAGGGCCAUGUCUAGGUAAAGUUUUGACUCACAGAAGGAGUGGGGGUAUGAGAGGGCACACCGCAGGGGCUAGGGACCACAGGGCCAUGCAGUGGCUUCUGGUGCUACCUGGGCUGGGAUAUGGCAGGUGGGUAUUGAGCCUGGGAGCGCCCCUGACGUAGAUGGCAUUACUGAAGCUGGGCCUGAGAGACUGGCCCUCAGCCUGCUCAUGCCUGGCAGGGAUAGGGGAGAUGGCUUCUGCAGCACUGGAGAGUCGGAGGCUGACAGCCUGAUUCCACCGAAGCCAGGAGCUCCUUGGGGCUGAGAUUUUAUAUACAGCAUCCCGGAUGAGCAUUUCUACACAAACCUUAAAAUGCAUUUAAAACCCACACACCCAUUACAAUGGUCACCUGCAUGCUCCCGUGCACCCGUCCUCAGUACUUUCCUAAGACAGUCUUUUAGUUUUCACCAUGCAGUUGGGGUUUGGGAUUACUUCAGUCUCUGACCCAUGCAGAUGUGGGGAGAAAGGAAGACAGGGGAUAGGGACCAUCUCUGAAGCACUUUCCUUCCUUCACAGUGCUUGUGAGCUGAUCUUGGCAGCGGGGCCCUGGCCUGGCCCCUCUGGUGGCCGUGCUCCAUUGUGUCUGUCCCUGAGUGCAGCUGUGGCGUUCUGUCCCCAAGCUGUGACUUGGAACGUGCAGCUUCCAGCAGCCCCAGCCCGCACAUCUGGGCCUCAUAGACACGCACUCUCCAGCCUGCUCCCAAGCCCCAGGCUUCAGUGUCAAUAGUGCUGCUGGGAGUCACGUUCAGACAGGCACAUUGCCUCCUGCUGCUCCCUCCUCACCCCCACUAGCUAUCCCCACCCAGGGUUGCCUGCAUAGUUCUGACAGUCUUCCUCCAUCAGCCCUGUCCCCCUUUCUGUGCUCUCUUUGUGCUAACUAUGUAAAAAGGCAUCCCAGAGGCCCCCAGCAUGUGCUCAGAGCCCUCCUUUGCAUCUAGGGCACUGACCUGAGCGCAGCUACCCUUUGUUGGUAGUGCCCCACGCGCUGCUCUCCAUCAGUGCCACCCCCACCAGGCAUUGAGUUGGCAGCAGGCUGUGCCUUGGGACUGCCAUCAAUCGCUUUGUUCUCCCACAGCAUGACAUCACUUGUCAAUGGGUGCAAAAUCCUGUCCAGCCCCAAUGCCCUCCCCACCCCUUGUUAUCCAAACCAGCCAAUCCCCUUGCAGCAUCUGUGGCCCAUAGGCCAGUUAAAUCCAGCGAUAAAACAACUUGAGAAUAAUGGGCUCAUUUAAAAAAAAAAUGUAAACAAACUUCAUGUUCCAGUGUCAACAGGGAGCCUGGUUGGUCGACCAGAGGAAGGGGGAGUCCUCCCCUGCAUUGAGGCUUUCCCCAUGACUGGCUCCUGCCCAUCAAACAGCUGUUCAAGCCUCUGAUCUUUACCCAGGGGCUGGUCCUCCUUAUUUGCUAUGGAAACAGGCAUACUGAAGGGGCCAAGUUCUCAGCCCUGGUGUUGGCACCGUUUGAUUGGACUUGAGGCAGGAAGCUUUGCUGCCUGAGAGCGACAGGAUUGGGAGCUGCUGUUUGAUGCUUGCCCGCCCUCCCUACAAGAAGAGCCAUCUGCUUCUGGCUGGAGGCUGCCCUAACUGAAACCUAGACCUCUAGCCCCGUUGUCACACCAGGCUCCCCCUUGCCCUGCUUCUCCAGCCCUUCCAUACCUCCAGAAAUCCUCUCAGCUGAGGGUUUGUUACAAUUGCUUAGCCCUGCUUCUUGGGGGGAGACAUCAUCCAUCAGCCCCUUCUUUGAGCUGGGCUAUUUCCCCAGCCCUGUUUUGGGGGUGGGGAGGGACUGGUGGGGGCCCUUUCUCUGACAGCUGUCUGCUAUCAGCAUGGGCAUGGCAUGAGCACUGGGCCCUGGCAGUAUUUGGCCUGUCUGAGGAAACAGGACUUGGUGGUGGUUUGGGGGGUUGACAGGUGAAAUGCAUCCAGCAAGAGGCUCCUACCCUGGCUCUGCCUGUGGCUCCUGCAAAGCCAAGUCCUAGCAGGAACAGCCCCACUUGUGAGGGAUGAAAGCAGCAAGCUGUGCCCAGCUGAGUGGGCUUCCUAUACGGUGCAGCCAGCUUCAGUGCCAUGGGGAGCUAGAGCUGGGCUGCUUGGAGUUCCUGUGGCUCUGGGCCAUAAGAAGCAUUGUUGGGCUUCUCUGAAUCCCACUCUGCCAGCUCAGGGUCAUGCAGCACGUUGCAGGCAUUAAGGAAUUACAUUUCCACCCCAGACACCCUUCUCCUUGCCAUGGGCUGAAUCUUCUCCCCAUUUCCCAGGUGGGGAAAGUGAGGCACAUGGAGGGGAAGUAACUUGCCCAAGGUCAUACAAUACCUCAGGUGGGAACAGUACCUGGGAGUCCUGGAUCCCAGGAUAACUGUGGUGGCACUUUCAUGCCCUUCCAUUGUCUCCAAAGGCAUUAGCAGUCCUGGCCAUCUCUCUGUCUGUGCCAGGAGUUUCCAAAGGAACCAGCAGUUCUUGUCCCUCCCUUCUGGGAGCUUCAUUUCUGGGAGAGUAAGGGCCUGGCUUGUGGGUGAGGGGGAUGUGGGGAGACACACAGCUCUCAUAAAAAAAUCCAGCUCUUUUCUGACAUCCCUGGCUGGGCGCUUCAGAUCUCUCAUCGCAUUGGAAAUCUUGCCCCUUUCUGUCUAUAGGCUGCAGUUUUGGUACACUGAGGAGGUCUGACAGUGGUGGAUGGGCUGGUAAGGCCCCCUGCCACACAUACGAUGGGCCCCUCACUGGCCUGUUUAAUGAUUUGACCAGGCAGGUCCAUAUCCCCUGGAGCUGCUGUGCCAUGUGCCCUUAAGGAGAGGGGAGCCUGGGGGACACUGUCCCUUAGUCCGAGUACCGGAUGCCCUGCCUGGCUUGGGAUGAGGGUGGAAUUGCUUUGAUCCCAGAGCCCUUAAACUCUGUGAGGAGUUGUGGGGUUUCAAGACCCUGGGAUUGUGAGGUACUGCCAGGUCCUCUUCCCUGCCUGAGCCAGCUAAUGGGGGCUUGUGUCUUAGGCCCUCCUGCUGCCCUGAUGGCUUACUGCUGCAGGGGCAACAUGGCAGAAGCAGGCCCUGGAAGAGAGGGUGACCCCUAGGCACUGGGUUUCCCUGCCCAGAGCCACCCUUGCGUGGCUGUGGGAGUGUGGGGCUGUUAGGACCCAGCAGAAUUCUCCAUGUGAAUGACAGCGCUUUAAAAGGCCAGGCGGAGACCUGGAGUGACAGCCUGUGCCAUCCACAGCGCAGAUCAGCAGCUGCCCGCAGCUUCCCAGCUCCUUUCCAGGGCUGGGGUGCAGGAGCUGAUGCCAGACAGAGGUGCACUAGGUGGGCACAGCCCCACUAGGCAGAUGCCUUGAGACCCUCUGGUGCUUCACUCAAGGCAGGUGCAGGAAGGCAGAGCUUCGAAUCUGCAAAGCAACUGGGCGCGUGGACAGCAGCUGCCAGCCCUUCAUGCCAGGCAGUGGCCAAAGACGUUGCUCAGUCACACUUACCUGCAGGACUGGGGCAAGCCUGUAGUGCCCCCGAGUCUGGGGCAGGGAGUGGUCUGAGCCCCUCCAGCAGCUCGUGUUCAACAGGGGAAGACGAAGCCCCAGCCUGGCAGAGAUGAGCUGAGGAAGCCCCCAGCCAAUGAGGAGGCUUCAGGGACACUCCAGUCAGAGGAGAGAAGAUGUGUCCGUGAAGAUGGUGAUGGAUUUAUAUGAUUCUAGAAGGUGGUGACAAGCGGUUAUUGCUGUCCAGGUGCUGGGAAAUUGGAAUCAGCUGUUGGGUGCAAUGGCAAACAGAACUGGGCUCAAUGCUACUCAGGGACUAGGCCCUUUUUCAGCAGCUGAGGUUUCCACAUUCCAGGAGGCUGUCGGCCUCUUCUUCAUGGUCCUGCUGAAUGUCAUAGCCCUGGUCGCCAACACAGCUGUGAUGGUAGUUAUCCUCAAGACCCCUCUCCUGAGGAAGUUUAUCUUUGUCUGCCAUCUCUGCCUGGUAGAUCUGUUGUCUGCCAUUUUCCUGAUGCCACUGGGGAUCAUUUCCAGCUCCUCAUGCUUCAACAGGGUGAUCUAUAGCAUUGCAGAGUGCCAGACCCUGAUCUUUUUGAACAUCUGCUUCAUCAGCGCCUCCAUUCUCACCAUCUCAGUCAUCAGUGUGGAGAGGUAUUACUACAUCGUCCACCCAAUGAGGUAUGAGGUCAAAAUGACCAUUGGGCUGGCAGUCACUGUGGUGGUCUUCAUCUGGAUUAAAUCUGUCCUGAUCACAGUCUUGGCUUUGGUGGGGUGGCCCCAAGACAAUGGAGCCACCAGUGCCAGUAAGUGCACAGUGUACUGGAGCCCUGGAGCCCACAAGAAGAUCUUUGUCAUUGUCUUCAGCACCCUCUGCUUCAUCGUGCCCACCUUCAUUAUCUUUGCCGUCUACUGCAGCAUCUACAGAGUGGCCCGGAUUGCUUCCCUGAAGCAUGCCCCUGUCCCUUCUUGGACGGCCACUCCCAGGCAACGAUCAGACUCCAUUAACAGCCAAGUGACUAUCAUCACAACCAGAAACCUGCCUCCCCGGCUGUCCCCAGAGCGAGUGUUUGGAGGGAGCAAGGCUGCCUUGACCUUAGUGCUCAUUGUGGGCCAAUUCCUGUGUUGCUGGCUGCCGUUCUUCUCCUUUCACUUACACUGCUCUGUUAACUCAGUCACUCCUGCUGGGGGCCCUGGGGAGAUUGUUGUUACCUGGCUUGCCUACUCUUCUUUUGCCAUCAACCCCUUCUUCUACGGGCUACUGAACCGUCAGAUACGGGAAGAGCUGUCCAGACUAGGGAGGAACUGCCUCAACAGAUCCCUGACCCAGGACCUCUGUCUCUCUAGUCCAGAGGGGUCUAUCCAUGAGAACUUCUUUCAGUUCUUACAAAGGACUGGCUGCACACUGGAGACCCAGUCCAGCUACAUCAACUCCAGCCCCAGGAACACAGUGGACCAGACCAUGAUGGGCUUCAGAAUUCCAGGUCAAAUCCCAGAAGAAACAAACUGAGAAGGGACAGGGGUUAGGGUGGAUAUCAGGUCACUGUGGUCUGCAUCCUGGCUGCUGCAGCAUGGAGGAUUGAUGUGGGGUUUCAGCUCACGGGAAGGCCUGACUGGCCAUUUUCUGAUCUGGUGAAGGAUGAUGUAUUUGAGAGGAUUUAUCUUCUUGAGCAUGGGAGGGUAAAGCCGACUUGGCAAUGCUGUUCCACAGUGGGGUAGGGAAAACCAGCAGGAGGGUGGAAGGAGGAGGGAUGGGUGUUUAUGAGAGCUAAUCCUGUUCUUCUCCAAGCACUUUUCAUUAUGCACUCCAGAUAGAGCUUUUGAGCUUUUGGAGAGCUCCUGCCACAACCUUGUCUUCUAGAUGGGUUGUCAGGGAAAUCAAGAGGUCACCAGAGGUCACCUAAUCAGUCACAACUUGGAUAGUUGUGAGAGGGGGAGAAGGUCUGUGGGUCCCUUCUGUCCCCUUCUCCCUUGUUUCAGUCUGGUAGAUCACCGUGCCUCCCUCUGAUCUACGGAUCAGCAAUUCCAGGAGCAGGGAUGGGCAGGCAGCUCUAAUAAGUUCUAGCUGUGAGUGAGGGGUAGCCAGGCCCCUAUCUGUUCUUGUGGAGAGAGGGUUUCAGUGUGGAUUCACUUUCUUGACCUCAGAGCUGUGCCUGCCCAUGGGAUCAGAGAAUGUGCCAUCAAAGGGACUUCAAUAGGCAGCCAUCUGAGGUGGACACUAGAAAUGGACACUUGUUCUGGGCAAGCAGAGCUCUGUUCGAAAGCCUGUGAGGUCUGAAACAGGACAGGUGAAGCUGCUGUGCCAAGCUGUGAUGGGAGCUAGUGGAAAGCAGCAGGGAGCCAGCUCCUGCCUGCCUAGGGGCACCUCAUGCACACUCAGCCUAAUCCAAAGUGAAAGCAGCCUCUGCAAUGACUCGAUGAGACAAAUGCAGGUUGCCAUGGAACGCGGAAGGGACUGUGUCCUUAUUCCUUAUGGUGGGGGCCAGAUUCAUCUGUGGGGUAAUGUCCCUAGUUUCAGGGACCAUAGGAGGCUUGCCACGUUUCAGGGUGCUAGGUAGUAACAGAUGAGGAUCAUGGCAGGGGUAAUACCUGGCCUGCAGCCAUCACAAUCAAAUCACACACCAGCAAGGAGUUCGGUGCCAGGCUCGGAGCCCACUGCAGUACAAAGGUUAAUGCUUUUCUCUAUAGAGACAACCAGCCCUAAAUACCGGGUGCUGGUGAGUGGGGAUUUCCCCUGCCCACACAGCAGGACUUGCCUGAGGUUACAUGUAAUAGGUUUUUAAUUAACUGCUAAUGUAUUUUUUAAAGAGCGAUUUUAACCGAUUUCUAUUAAUAGACUUGAUCACACA